AUGUCGGGAGCGCACACAUGCCACAGAUUCGACACCAUCAAGGUGCGCCUCCAAACCUCCUCCACCACACACUUCACCGGGCCGCUCGACUGCCUCCGCCAGACGCUGCAGCGCGAAGGUCUCCGCGGCCUCUACAAAGGCGCCAGCCCCCCGCUCGUUGGCUGGAUGUUUAUGGAUUCUUUGAUGCUGGGAUCACUGUCAAACUACCGCUCGCUGAUCAAGACCCACUUCUACCCGAACCACGAGCGCCUACCGCUGCCAGCACAGGGCGCCUCCGGCAUGCUAGCUGGCUGGACCGUCAGCCUGAUUGCAGCACCCGUGGAGCACGUCAAGGCGCGCCUCCAAGUGCAGUACAACGCGCGCGGGAAUCGCGAGGGUGUGAAAUACCGGGGACCUAUCGACUGCAUCAAGAAGCUUUACGGCGCCCACGGUCUCCGCGGCAUCUACCACGGCCUCUGCGCAACGCUGCUCUUCCGCACGUUCUUCUUCUUCUGGUGGGGGUCGUAUGAUCUCUUCUCGCGCUAUCUGGCAACCCAUACGAGCCUCUCGACGCCCGCGAUUAACUUUUGGGCCGGCGGGCUGAGCGCGCAGAUGUUCUGGAUUACCAGCUAUCCGUCUGAUGCGGUCAAGCAGCGGAUCAUGACGGAUGACCUGGACUGCCGAAGGUUUCGGAAUUGGAGGGAGGCGGCGAAGGGGGUAUAUAGGGAGGCGGGGUGGAGGGGGUACUGGAGGGGGUUCGUACCGUGCUUCCUCAGGGCGUUUCCGGCGAAUGCGGUGGCGUUGGUGGCGUUUGAGGGCGCGAUGAGGAAUCUACCGUAG